AUGUCGCUGGUCGAGUCCCCCGCCCUCCGCCGCGGCAUCGAGCACGUGUUCGUCAUCGGCGGCGGCCAGGUGUACCGGGACGCGCUCGCGUCAGAGCGCUGCGCGGCGCUGCACGUCACCCACAUCGAGGACGACCCGCCCUGCGACACUGUCUUCCCCGCCGUCGACCCCUCGGCGGUGGACUGCCCCUUCCGCGUCUGGAGCGCCGCGGCGCCCAAGCGCGAGGGCGGGGUCCGCUACUCCUUCGUAACCUACGUGCGGGCUGGGUCCGGCGGCAGCGGUGGCGGCAAGGGGGAGGAAGCUGACGAGAAGCUGGAGGAGCUGCGGCUGCCGCCCGGCAUGGCCAGCCGCCACGAUGAGAUGCAGUACCUGGAUCUGGUGUCUGAGCUCAUCAACGAGGGCAACCCCCGCGGCGACCGCACGGGCACCGGCACCCUCUCCAAGUUUGGCGUGCAGAGCCGCUACAACCUGCGCCACGGCAUGUUCCCGCUGCUCACCACCAAGCGCGUGUUCUGGAGGGGCGUGAUGGAGGAGCUGCUGUGGUUCAUCCGCGGCUCAACAGACGCCCACGAGCUGCGGGACAGGGGCAUCCACAUCUGGGACGGCAACAGCAGCCGCGACUUCCUGGAUGGGCGCGGCCUGCACCACAGGGAGGAGGGGGAUCUGGGGCCCGUGUAUGGAUUCCAGUGGCGCCACUUUGGGGCGCAGUACGUGGACAGGCACACGGACUACAGCGGCCAGGGCGUGGACCAGCUGGCAGAGGUGGUGCGCAUGAUCCGCGAGACACCCGAGGACCGCCGCAUCAUCCUCACGGCCUGGAACCCCGCGGCCCUGCCAGACAUGGCGCUGCCGCCCUGCCACAUGACGGCGCAGGUGCGGCCGGGGCCACGCUUUUGA